GUGACGUCCUAAGGUCACAAUGGCGCAUACCAUGACACAAGAUUCAGGACAAGAUAGGAAGCCAACUCGGAAACCAAGCAUAGCAGAUCCUGAAUUUAGUGAAGCGUUAAAACCUCUUUUAUCAGCCAGAAGAUUGACCGAAUCAGAUCUGCAAGUCAAUGUCAAAAAAGAAGAAAUCGAAAAAAUUACUUGUCCUGAUAAUGACCUCAUUGGAAGAGAUUGGUACUCAUUUGGGUUACAGAAAGAAAUAGACUCGGACACACUCAAUCAAAUCAAGGAAGAUAAUAGUACCCUACGAGACAGAAAGUCUGAUCUCCUUCAUCUCCUGAUUGAGCCAAAGUAUCAAAUUCGCUAUGAAGACAUCGUCUAUUUUCAUUUCAAAAAUGAUCAGAGUCAAUUUAUCAAGCGUGUCCUAGACUAUCUUGUUGAUCAAAGAAGAAGGACAGAGCCAUAUAAUCCCAAAUAUAAGAAAGACAAUAAGCCACCAAAGUACACAGAACGCCCGUGGCAAGCUAUUUAUGCAAAAAGAUCAAAAGCUCCACCAGUUCCUGGUCCAAGACAAGAACUUAGUACUAGAAACUAUCAAGAUAAAUUUUAUGAUACACUUUGGUAUGAAGAAAAAGAACACACAAAAAAACUUCAUAAUAAGUGCAGUGGAGUUUACAGAUUGUUUGUCACUGAUGAUGUCCCACCAGAAGUCAAGGAUCUACUAUUGCAACCAGACCGAUAUAAAGAAUUUGGGUACAUUGAGGAUGAUGCAUUUACUUAUGACAAGAUAGAGUAUGCCACUCAAGCUAGCGAAGGUGUUAACAUUUAUAAAUCAAAUGGCUUUGUUUGCAAGGCAUCAAUUUCUCAACACAAUUUUUCUCAUGUUGAGCAGCGCCUUUAUUUAUGUUUUCCUGACGGAACUAGGAGAAAGCUUGAAGCUCAACUGUCUCACAGAAAUGGCCACUUUAAAGUUAAAAUGGAGUUUGAAUUGAAGCAUUCUUAUUUUAACAACCUUCAGCAUGCUGUUGCUAUCAUACCGCAAUAUGUUAUCAACUGUCUUUUAUCUGAGAAGCAGUCUUUCAGUGAUUUGGAGGAAAAGUUUAAACCUCACUGGUCAGAAUACAGUUUCAUGAAACUGGAUGAUGUCCAAACACAAGCGCUUCAAAUGAUCACUUCUGUUUCUUCAAAGCAUACUGCAGAUUCAUGCCCUCCUCCAGUUUUUCUUUAUGGUCCCUUUGGUUCUGGUAAGACCCGUAUUCUCGCUCGUGCUGCUUAUGAAGUUAUGACCAAUGGAGUUUCAAAAGGUGAUCCUUUUACGAGAAUAUUAAUCUGUGCUCAUCACCCUCAGUCAGUUAAUUCUUUCAUUGAUGAUUAUUUCGCUCGAAUUGAAGAUGAAGAAGGCGAACUUCCAUACCGUGUUUUUCAUGUUUCUCGAUAUUUGGGUAAUCCUCUCCCAAAGUCGUAUAAUUCUCAUUUCUACACGACUUUUGAUAAACUUGAGGAUUUAAAACCAGAAAAGCUAAAGAAUGUCAUCAUUAUUGCGUCUUAUAAUGCAUCCUUGAAUCUUUACCACAUAUUUGAUGUUCCUGGCUAUGGUUAUUUCAACUACGUAUUCCUUGAUGAAGCAGCUCAGGUACGUGAGCCAGAAGCAAUAACUCCAUUAGCUCUUGCUACACGAGAUGCUAAAAUUGUUCUUGCUGGAGAUGACAAACAGGUUGGCCCUAAAACCCUUGUACUGGGAGAAGAGGCACAAAGUGAUGGUCUUGAUGUUUCCCUUUUAACACGUUUAACAGAUCGCUACAAGGGAAUGGGUCCCACUGCAGCUACUUACGUGAUAACAUUGUCUAGUAAUUAUCGUGCUCAUAAAGAUCUCCUUUCAUUGCCAGAGUUAUUUUAUGGGAAGCUACAUGCAAGUGAAAAUAAACCAGUUUGGCAUCACAAAGGUCCAUCUGGUUAUAGAUUUGUAUGUUCUAAUUCUAGACUUGUACCUGAAUGUGUUGCUGCUAAUGAAGAGCAGCAAUUGGUUGAGGCAUGUAUUGUCUUGGAACAGGUAUUACUUUAUUUUAAAGAAACAGAAAAUGAGAGGAGGCCUCCUCAAAUUUGUAUCAUUUCUUCUACUAGGAAGCAAUUAAAUCAUAUAAAGCAAAUGGUCUCUCGUUACCCUUGCUACAAUAUUUUGAAAGAAAAGAGAGUAAAGUUUUUGCCAUCUUUUAUGAUUCAAGGUCAUCAGUUUGAAGCAAUAUUUUUGUGCUUGCUGGAGCCUUUGAAGGAUGGGAAAAUUAAAGAAUACUUUACUAAAAGUCUCUUUAAUCAUUUUGUGUUUAACACGGUUAUCACAAGAGCAAAAACUCUUGUAGUGACUGUCGGAGUGGUAAGGUGA